AACACCUAUUGUAGACCAGGCCAUAGAGAUAGGUAUGGUCGCGGACAUAAUUCCGCGAUCGUAGAGACCGCAGUGGACCGCAGAGAAAGAGAGAGAGAGAGAGAGAGAGAGAAAGAGAGAGCUAACUUUCUACUUACCGCACACAACGACAGUUGCAGAUCCCAUCUGGCAGGAGAUACGAGAAAGCCCAAAGUACGGAAGACAUGUGCGAGAAGUUGCCGGAGACUAUAAAUUUCGCGAAGGAGGAGGUUGAGAUCCUGAAAUUAUGGAAAGAAUUGGAUGUAUUUCAAAACAGCCUCCGCCUGUCGAAAAACCGGCCCAAGUACUCGUUCUACGACGGGCCGCCGUUCGCCACCGGCUUGCCGCAUUAUGGCCACAUCCUCGCCGGCACCAUAAAGGACAUCGUGACGAGAUAUGCGCAUCAAAGUGGCUUUCACGUGGAGCGCCGAUUCGGCUGGGACACUCAUGGGCUGCCUGUGGAAUACGAGAUAGACAAGACACUUGAUAUUCACGGGCCCGACGACGUCGCGAAGAUGGGUAUUGUAGCCUACAACAAAGAAUGCCGUAGUAUUGUCAUGAGGUAUGCCAAAGAGUGGGAGGAGAUCAUCACUAGGGUAGGGCGGUGGAUAGACUUCAAGAACGACUACAAAACGAUGUAUCCUUGGUACAUGGAGUCAAUCUGGUGGGUAUUCAAGGAGAUGUACAACAAGAGACUGGUCUACCAGGGUAUCAAGGUCAUGCCCUACUCAACAGCUUGUAACACACCGUUGUCUAACUUUGAAGCUGGUCAAAAUUACAAGGACGUCACUGACCCAUCUGUCAUUGUGGCCUUUCCCCUGCUGGAUGAGCCGGGUGUAUCCAUACUGGCCUGGACAACUACUCCAUGGACGUUACCUAGUAACUUGGCAUUAUGUGCUAAUCCUACCUUUGAAUACGUAGAGGUAAAGGAUAACGUGUCCGGUAAUAUUUACAUUAUAUUAGAGGCUCAGUUGGGACUCGUGUUCAAGUCCCAAGAUUUCUAUACUGUGCAAGGUAAAAGAAAGGGUGUGGACUUGAAGGGCAAAGCUUAUGAGCCGCCGUUCUCCUACUUUAUAGACCACAGAAAGAAGGGCGCUUUCAGAGUAUUAAACGAUACUUACGUCACUGCCGAGACCGGAACUGGUAUCGUCCACCAAGCUCCAUAUUUUGGCGAGGACGAUUUCCGUUGCUGUCUAGAAGCUGGUAUCAUUACAAGAGACCAAGAGGCCGUGUGUCCAGUCGACAGCUGCGGUCUCUUCGUCGAGCCGGUGCACGACUUUCUCGGCAAGUACGUGAAAGAUGCGGACAAAGAGAUCAUCAAGUAUCUCCAGGCCAAGAAGAAGUUGGUAGUCAGCGGCACUAGCAAGCACAGUUACCCGUUCUGCUGGCGAUCCGACACGCCACUGAUCUACAAAGCUGUGCCGUCCUGGUUCGUCAAGGUGGAGCAGAUGAAGGACAAGCUGUUGGCGGCCAAUAGCGCGACUUACUGGGUGCCAGACUACGUGAAGGACAAGCGAUUCGGUAACUGGCUCCGCGACGCUCGCGACUGGGCCAUCAGUCGAAACCGCUACUGGGGCAAUCCCAUACCGUUGUGGAUCUCCGAAGACAGGAAAGAGAUCGUGUGCGUGGGCAGCAUCGCCGAGCUGGAGCAGCUGACGGGUGCGAAGGUGACGGACAUCCACCGAGAGAGCAUAGACCACUUGACCAUACCGUCGAAGCGAUCGGGUCAUCCGCCUCUGCGUCGUGUGCCCGAGGUGUUCGAUUGCUGGUUCGAGUCAGGGUCGAUGCCAUACGCGCAGAUGCACUACCCGUUCGAACGUCAGAAGGACUUCCACGAGAGUUUCCCUGCGGACUUCAUCGCGGAGGGUAUCGACCAGACUCGCGGCUGGUUCUAUACUCUUCUCGUCAUAUCCACCGCGUUGUUCGGCAAGGCGCCGUUCAAGAACCUUGUGGCGAACGGCCUGGUGCUCGCGUCUGACGGCCAGAAGAUGUCGAAGCGCAAGAAGAACUACCCAGAUCCCAUCGAGAUCGUCACCAAGUACGGCGCGGAUGCGCUGCGUCUCUACCUCAUCAACUCGCCGGUCGUACGCGCCGAAAAUCUUAGGUUCAAGGAGGAGGGGGUGCGGGACGUCAUCAAGGACGUCUUCCUGCCGUGGUACAAUGCCUUUCGCUUCCUCAUGCAGAACAUCGAGCGCUUCGAGAGAGAAGAAGGCACGUCGUUUGUGUUCGACGACGACGCCGCCGCCGAGUUGCGUUCCGACAACAUAAUGGACAAGUGGAUCGUGUCAUUCACGCAGACGCUGCUGCUCUUCAUGAAGCAGGAGAUGCAGGCUUACAGACUGUACACCGUGGUGCCGCACUUGAUCAAAUACAUAGACAAUCUCACCAACUGGUACGUACGGAUGAACAGGAAGCGCAUCAAAGGUGAGAGCGGUGGCAAUAGCGCCGAUUGCCGGAACGCCCUGAACACCUUGUUCCUGGUGCUCUACACGAUGGUGCGGACGAACGCGCCGUUCACGCCGUUCCUCACGGAAUUCAUCUUCCAGCGUCUGUCGAAGAAGUUGCCGCCGUUCGAGGAGAACAUGGACAGCGUGCACUAUCAAAUGAUACCCGACGCGCGCACGCACCUCAUCGACGACAACAUCGAGAAGGCCGUGUCGCACAUGCAGACCAUAAUCGAGCUGGGACGCGUGGUGCGGGACCGGAAGACGAUACCCACCAAGUAUCCGUUGCCAGAGAUCGUGGUGAUUCACCAGGACUCGGAGGUGCUGCGCGACAUUGUCUCGUUGGACUCGUACAUACUCGGCGAGCUGAACGUGAGGAAGCUCACGAUCACUACGGACAAGGAGAAGUACGGAGUGACGUUGAGGGCCGAGCCGGACCAUAAGAUCCUCGGCGCACGCUUGAAGGGAGAAUUCAAGCGGGUCACGCAGGCCAUCAAGGAGCUGACGGACGAGCAGCUGCGGAGGUUCGUCGACACGAAGGAGAUCGUCGUCGAGGGUCACUCGUUGGAGCCGCAGGACUUGCGGCUCAUGUUCAGCUUCACCGGCCCGGCCGCCGAGGAGCUGUCGAAGCGCUACGAGGCGCACAGCGAGGGCAAUAUACUGAUCCUCCUGGACGUCACACCCGACAAGGAGAUGCACAAUGAGGGUGUAGCGCGAGAGGUGAUCAACCGCGUGCAGAAGCUGCGCAAGAAGGCGCAGCUGGUGCCUUCCGACGAUGCCGUCGUGUACUAUGAGGUCCAGGACGCGAACAGCAAUCUGGCGAAGGUCGUGGUCAGCUACAAGGAGUUCAUCGAGAACGUGACGAAGACUCCUCAGAGGAACGCCGCGGACUUACCGUCCGACGCCGUUGUGAUCCUUGAAGAGAUGCAGAAAAUCAAGGAUGUGGACAUGAAACUCGUGCUAGUGAAGGGCGAAGCGGCUACUGCGUGUUCAACGACAACGCCACGACCUUUCGCCAGUUAUGUCAAUGUGCAGCUCAUCGACAUACAGCCAAGAUUCGGUGCGAAGGCCCACCGUGCGACUGUCUUGUUGAGCAGUCCAAAGUCUUCCGAGGUCAUCACGUACAAGCGCUUGAGACAAGAGAUUGACCUGAUAUUCGGCGUCUACGGUUUUCCCUACGACCUGUACCUCAAUGGCGACAUCAUCACCAGGUCGGACGACGCGUCGGUGCCGGUAGAGGCGUUCGACGGGCAAACGCUCAAGGUGCUGAGGUCAGGUACUCCAUCGUCGGCCGGUGAAGACGCGCUGACGCGCAGCGGCCAGCCCGUUUGCGAUUUCGUCAAUGUGGAGAGCGAGACGACGAGCGGGAGUGUGCUCUUGGAGAAUCCCAAGGGCGACUUCAUCAUCGACGACACGAGACUGAAGCGACAGCUGGUUUCGUUGCUGGGGAAGUCGGACGUCACUCUGCCUUCUUGCACAAUGAAUCGACUGCGAGGGCAAACGCUGAAGGUUUAGCGCGACUUGAGCUAGGAGUAAUUUUUUAUCGGUUCCUGAAGCACUUCGCGUCGUCGUGAAAAUACGCGGAAGAGUACGCAAGCGUCUCGUAAACAUCCGAUUGUUCUUAUCAUAUUUUGUAAUGUGUGCUUUAAGUCCUUAGGAGACAGAAUUGGCUCGAAGAGAGCGGCAGGGACUUGAAGUGAGUAAAAAUGAGCCGCCUUAGCAUUGCGUUAUUUCUCUGAUCGUGAGGAACAAAGUACUUGACGAAAGUUAUUAGACGAUCGUUAUUAUUUGAACGUUGCUCUGUUGUAAAGUUACCUCACUUAUUUAAAAAUGCGAGAUAAUUUAACUGCAGUAUAUAAAGUGCUGUGUUUUACUAUACUAAAUAUACUAUGCAAAGUGUACAGCUGGGUGAUUUUAUUUAUUACUAGUUAAUGUCUUUUUUUUUCUUUAAAUUUUUUACAAUGCACAUUGAUUGGCAUCUGAUAAAAUGUCAAUUAUCAAACAAUUCGUGUCUAGCAUAUAUCACGAUUAUUUCCUAUUCACAUUGACUUUUUCAAAUUAUUUCGCAACUAUAUUUUUGUUGUCCCAUCGCCGGCGACUUUCGGCUUGACUAUGGCGAGUAAAAGGAAGUUAAAUUAUCUACGACCUAUCUAAUGCAAACUAGAGGUAUCAAUAAAAUCUUACAUUGUAACAAUUUGUACAAUAACAAUUUGUACGUAAAGAGAAAAGAAAAUUAUACAUGUAAUGCGUCGAUUGAAUACAAGUAUGCUAUUAUAUUGAGAUUAAUUUAUGGAUGUUUUGUUUAUAUCGACAAAUAAAAUAAAAGAUUCAUUUUAUCCCUAUAUUUUUAUUUCUCAAUACUUCAAUAGAAUUCUCUCUCUCUCGAUAGUCUCGAUAUCCCGCGUAAAAAUUUCACAAAAGUCUCAGUGUUUGCUGCUUUAUAUUUUCUUUUUCUUUUAAAUAUUUAUAAAUCUUUAUUAAGUGGAUUAUUUAACUUGGACGAUGUACGCGUACUUAUAUGUACAAUCGUAUUUAUUUUAGGAAAUAAGGAGAGAGCAAAAAUGAUAAAAGUAUCAAAUAAAUAAGACGUUUAUUGGCAUUGGAUAAAAUAAUUGACAUGUAGUUGAUUGAAAUCUAAUUAGAAUUAUAUGAUACAGUAAAUGACAGAGAAACAAUAUGUACCGCCACUAUCCCUAGUUCACAUAAAAUAGGUCGUAGAUAAUUCAAACUUCCUUCACUCUCUUCGUUUCUCCUCCUUUAUUUAUUUAAAUGCACUCUUUUCUCCAGAGUACUAGAAAUUAUAAUUUUUUUCGCUUUAUUAGAUGUAACUGCUUGAUUGUGCAAUGCUUAAAUAUAUAGUUGUGAAGUAAUUCGAUUAAACUCAGCGUGAAUCAAAUAAUCGUAAUAUAUAUGCUUGAUACAGAUUACUUGAUAACAUUUUAUUACAUGUUAAACAACAUACACUAUGGAAAAUUUAAAGAAAAAAAAAACGUAUAUAUAUUAAUUAAUAAUAAAUAAAACUACCCAGAGGAUUUUUCUCUCAUAAUCUUCUCUCGUAACUUAAUUUUUAUAAUUAAACGAAUAAAAUUAGAGUAAUAAAUAGAGUUAUCCUUGUAAGAUAAUAUUUUACAAGGAAAAACAUAUUCACAAAAGAUAUCUCUCACUUAUUACCUGUAUAUUAUCAUAUAAUAAAAACGCCACGCAACAUUUCUCCGUGGAAAAUAUUGACGUCGUUUAUACAUGAAAAGUUUGCUCCAGAAUGCGAGAUAAAGACAAAAAGGAUUUCCUCUCUCUCUCUCUCUCGAUUUUCCACUAAGGAA